AUGACUAAUAUAUCACCCAAGGACAAGAAGUCCGUCCCCAAAUUCUCCAGCUUCAAGGCUCCCUCUCCCCCAACUCGUUCAGAGCCUCGACACAAAGAAGAUCGAAGGUCUCGACGCCCUAGUUCUCGAUACAGUGAAGAAAGGUCCCGCUCACCACGAAGGUCCAACCGGCAAGAACGACGGAGAUCUCCUGGUAGGCGUCCCCGUUCACGAUCUCCCCGCCGUGCUACUUCCCGGGGCCGUCGCAAGUCUCCAGAGCGCCGGGAAAAGGACAAUGGAGUCGCCAAGGAUGCGAAGGAUGGUCCGGUGUUGCCAGAUAGAGAUGGUUCAAUUGCCGACCUCUUUAUCAUCGAUCUGAAAGGUGAUCGACACAACUUAACCUUCGGCGCAACACAUCGCUAUGCCGUGCCAAAAUACCGACGGAGUGGCCGUGGACAGGUUCUGGGAGCCGAUACGAGAUACCGAAUCGACCGUGAUCAUUUGGACAGUGAUACAUUGGUUUUGCGCAUCAAAGAUUCGCUGCCUUCCAAUACAUCGAAAUCGGCUAGACCGAUGUCAAAACGAAUCCGUCAACCAGAGAAGCUCCUCCGCGUGAAAACCGAGGCCGAAAUACAAUCCUCUGCCGAUUUAGAUCAAGACUUCAUAUCAUUCGAUUCAGAAAUCCUAGAUGGGUCAGACGGGGCAUCGGAUGACGGUGACUUGGGCAACGAGCGCAACGCUUAUCGCUCGAUCCAUGGCAAAGCCAAAGAGGAGGAUUUUAUUCCACAACACAUGGAAUUGGUUGACGAUGAAAUCGUUCAAGACGACAGUAACUCAGCUGAACGCAAGGCCCGUCAUGCAGAACUAUCGCGCUCCGUGAAGGAUAAUCCUACAGAUGUUGCUGGAUGGCUGAGGCUAAUUGAUCAUCAAGAUCUUUUGAUUCUCAGCCCAAAUGAGGACUCGCGCCCAUUAACCUAUAAUGAGCAGCAAAGUGUGGCAGCCGUCAAGUUGUCUAUUUAUGAGAAGGCAAUUAAGCAGUCUGCAACUAGCCCAAAUAAGGACAGCCUUUUGCUAGGAAGACUCCAAGAAGGUGCACAUCUAUGGGAUGCGAAAAAGCUACUUUCUCAAUGGAACAAGACUUUGCAAGAAAACUCUGAGUGCGUCAGUCUGUGGGUCAAUUAUCUUAAUUUCCGGCAGACGGACUUCCAAAACUUCGAUUUUGAGCAGCUCAUGGCGACAUUCUCCGAGUGUCUGGAGCUUAACGCAUCCGCUGCGAAUCCGGCCAAGAACCAAGUACAAUGCUACUUAUUCCUCCGUAUGACACUUUUUCUGCGUGAAGCGGGAUAUUUGGAACUAGCUGUUGGUAUCUGGCAGGCAGUACUCGAGUUCACAUGCUUCAAACCACAACCACAGUCUCAACAGGUAGCGGAUGUUGAUACUCUCGCUUCUUUUCGCAGCUACUGGGAGGAUGAAGUGCCACGUGUUGGCGAGAACGGAUCAUUAACAUGGCGAGGCUGGGUUGACAAUCCAUCAAAUCUUGCCCACAACUAUGCUCUUCACGAAUACAAACAUCAUAUUGAAGUUUCAUCUCUCAUGGACUCCUGGGAAAAAGCCGAGAAAGAACGGACCCUAUCAUCACGGCUGCCAUCUCGAACUCUCGACCAGCUGAAAUCCAGUCAUGGCGUCGAUGAGCAGGAGCAAUAUGUUGACGAUGCUUACACAGUCGUACUCUUCUCUGAUCUCGACCGAGUCCUGAAAUUAUUUCACGACUUUGGUUUUCCAGAUGAACUGUUCGAGAGUUUCUUAUACUUUUGUCACUUGCCGCAUUUGACACGACCUGGCAAUGUACAGACAACUCAUUUGUGGAGUGCGGACAACUUUCUCAAAAACGACUCAAUAGACCACAUGGAGCCAGGUCUCUCUUGUUGGUUAGCGGAUCCAAAGGAUGCUGGGACUUCGACCUCGCCUCUUCGCUUCCCGGUCUCAAAUUUCCUGCAGACCACAUGCACUUUGUUCCCGGCGCCUAAUACCUGGUUCGACUCAUUUGGAUUAUUGCAUCAAGACUACCAGUCCUCCAAAUCUUCAAUUAUUGAUCAGGACUGGGUCCAGGUGACGCUACGGUCCUUGGUGGAACGUGGCCCUACUCGUGAAGCAUUCGAUGAAGAAUUGGCCGAGUAUACUCUCGGGCUUAUGUUUGCGCGGGAUCAAAAAAUAGCAAAGAAAUAUGCUAAAACCUUACUCAAGAAGUGGACGUCCAGUCUCAGAAUAUGUAAUGCUCUUGCUUUGAUGGAAUGGAGAAAUUCUUCACCCGACGCCGCUGUUCAAGUUUGGUCAAGUUCUAUUUCAUGGAGCCAAAAGUUCUCAGAUGAUCUGAAGAUUGAAUCAGGAAUCCUUUGGAACUCUUGGGCUUGGGAGCUUCUUCAGCAGGGUGAUAACUCCCGAGCUUCGUAUGUAUUGCAUGCUAUUCCUGUGCAGAGCAUAGAUAAGGAUGCAUACAAUAAUAUUCAAUCGACAGAUGUGGCCUCCAACCCCACCUCAACUCUUCAAGUUAAAUCGUACCUGCGCGACUGCCAGGCGCGCGCUCUGGGGUAUAGGCGGUUUCCUGCGUUUGUCGCUUAUACCGAUUGCCUCGCUUUAUUGCUCUUCACCGAGAAAUAUCAUAUCCAAGCCGCGCUUGAAGUCUACUCCUAUGCGCUUGAAAAGUCAAAUAGCCUCCCAGUCGAGGACCAGAAAUCGAAGCCCUAUAUCAUCGAGCUUCUGCAUCAGGCUAGAGCCAGGCUGCUCUAUUUCCAUUGCAGUACGAGGUCGUCGCGGUUGAAGGCACUUGAAAUUCGAGAAAUGCUCCAAGACAGCGUAUCUUUGUUCCCUCACAACACGAUAUUCCUAUCGCUUUUCACCUGGAAUGAGUCUCGCUUCAAUAUCCUCGAUCGUAUUCGAAAUGUCAACCUGCUCACCAAAAAUUCUGAAAGUCGGUAUACGCUCGAUAACGAUUACGCCUUGUCGGCCGCGGCCGCGCAAACCGUUCCCAUAACCACUCAUUUGCUCUCGAUUUGGUCUGAAUUAUGUCGUCCAACCUGGGCUGGAUCCACUCAUCAUUCCACGCGAGCUGCAUUUGAAAAGGCACUUGGCGAGAAUAUGAAUCGAGACUCGAUGAAACCUUACGAUAAACAGAUGCGCAAUAACAUCGGUACAGGAGGUGCACGAACAAAUCUCAUGACCUGGAAACUCUAUAUCAUCUUUGAGGUCUACCAUGCACGGGAUAUCGACGCUGCAAAAGCUGUGUUCUAUCGCGCUAUUCGAGCUUGCCCUUGGUCGAAGCAGCUAUUCAUGCUUGCCUUCCAGUACCUACAGGAUGAUAAAAUUCGUCACAUCAUUCCGGUAAAUUCAAACGCCACCGGCUUCCUUUUUGAUGAUCUUCGUCAACUGUACUAUGCAAUGAUUGAGAAGCAAUUACGUAUUCAUGUGGACAUCGAGGACGGAAUUCAAGCGCUCCUUGCAGAGAGGCAAGACAGCUUCGAGGAAGAUCAUCAGACUCGAUCUGGUGAAAAUAAUUAA